AUGCGUUGUAGAAAAUUCUCGUACGAAUUUCUCUCUCUCUCUCUAGAACCGUUUCUAAAAUUACGCGUUCUGAUCUCGUCGUCUUCCGAUUUCGUCUUCUCCGAUUGACAGUGACUUCACUGCAAAUCUUCAAUCUCUGUUCUCGACGGAACCCUAGAAUUUGAUUACUCCAACACCCACAUUUCCCCAAUUUCAAACCCCUAGAUUUCAUCGGCGGCGGCGGCGGCGCGGCCAUGACGCCGUUUCUCUGCCCCGAUCUCACUCCGAUUCCAUGAUUCUUCGCCCCAUUUUUCUAUCCUCUUUGAUAUCUUCUCGAGUUCCUUAUGUUUUCUGAUUUCGAUUUUAGGGUUUCCCCACUCCGAUGUGCAGGUCUAAGAAAAGCACCGACGUGAUUGAUCCCCGGAGCCCUAGAUCCUCUCGCAGUCGCAAUCAACGAGCCUCCAAAUCCUUCGCUUCCUCUUCCUAUGUCGAUCCUUCCAGUUCUUUGAAUUUCACGAGCUACAAUAUCACCAACACUGAUAAUACCAAAUCCAGCACUAAGAGCUCCUCGAAAUCCUCGGUUUCUAGCCGGGCUUCGCUCACCAGUUUGAAGGAUUCUCUCCCGGAUAAUCCUCUGAUUUACGAGUUCUCUGAAAUUCGUGCUGCUGCCAACAAUUUCCUCUCUAAGCCCUUCUCUUCGUCGUCUUCGUCGUCUUCGUGGCGCUGCUCGAUUAGGGGAAAAGACGUCGUCGUCUUCCAGCGGAAAUUGCUUCGCGCGAUUGAGCUGCCGGAGUUGAAGCGCCAGUUGUCCGUUGUCUGCCGGAGCCACCAUAACAGCCUGGUCAAGCUCCUCGGUGCUUCAAUUUC